AUGGACCCCAUCACGCAGCCUAACCGGACUGAGAUCGUGAACAGGAAGCUCAGGUUCCCACCUCCACUCCUGGGUGCCAUCCAGGAGGGCCGAUUGGGCCUUGUGCAGCAGCUGCUGGAGUCAGGGAUUGAGGCCACAAGCAGUGGACCAGGCUGGUCCCUGUGGAAUGUGGAAGAAGCCGAGGACUGCUCCUGGAGGGAAGCACUCAACCUGGCCAUCCGCCUGGGCCAUGAGGCCAUCACCGAUGUGCUGUUGGCCAGUGUCAAGUUUGACUUCCACCAGAUCCAUGAGGCCCUGCUAGUGGCAGUGGACACAAACCAGCCAGCAGUGGUGCAUCGCCUGCUGGCCCAGUUGGAAUGGGAGAAGGGUCACAAAGUAGUCACCAAGUCUUUCUCACUGGCUUUCUUUGACUCAUCAAUUGAUGGCUCCCGCUUUGCACCUGGUGUGACUCCCCUCACCCUGGCCUGCCAAAAGGACCUGUAUGAGAUAGCACAGCUGCUCAUGGAACAGGGCCACACCAUUGCCCAGCCCCACUGGGUCUCCUGUGCCUGCCUCGAGUGCAGCAAUGCCCGCCGCUAUGACCUGCUGAAAUUCUCUCUGUCCCGCAUCAACACCUACUGUGACAUCGCCAGCAGGGCCCACCUCUCACUGGCCAGUGAGGACGUCAUGCUGGCUGCCUUCCAGCUUAGCCGCAAGCUCAGGCGCCUUGCACACAAGGAGCCUGAAUUUGAGCCUGAGUACAUUGCCCUGGAGUCACUGAGCCAGGACUAUGGCUUUGAGCUGCUGGGCAUGUGCCGGAACCAGAGCGAGGUCACUGCAGUGCUCAACGACCUGGCCAAGGACAGUGAGACUGAGCCCGAGGCUGAAGGCCUGGGCCUGGGCUUUGAGGAAGGCAUCCCCAACCUGGCGAGGCUGCGACUGGCUGUCAACUACCAUCAGAAGCAGUUCGUAGCACACCCAAUUUGCCAGCAAGUCCUGUCCUCCAUCUGGUGUGGGAACCUGGCUGGUUGGUGUGGAAGCACUACCAGCUGGAAGCUCUUUGUUGCCUUCCUCAUCUUCUUCACCAUGCCCUUCCUCUGCCUUGGCUACUGGCUGGCACCAAAGUCCCGGCUGGGCCACCUGCUAAAGAUCCCAGUACUGAAGUUCCUGCUGCACUCUGCCUCCUAUCUGUGGUUCCUCAUCUUCCUGCUGGGAGAGUCCCUGGUCAUGGAGACACAGCUGAGCACCAUCCGUGGCCGCAGCCAGAGUGUCUGGGAGACUUCACUACACAUGAUUUGGGUCACAGGCUUCCUGUGGUUUGAGUGCAAGGAAGUGUGGAUUGAGGGCCUGCGCAGUUACCUCCUGGACUGGUGGAACUUCCUGGAUAUGGUCAUCCUGUCCCUGUACCUGGCAGCCUUCGCACUGCGCCUCCUCCUGGCUGGGCUUGCCCACAUGCACUGCCGGGACGCCUCCCAAGCGGCUGCCUGCCACUAUUUCACCACGGCUGAGCGAAGCAAGUGGCACACCGAGGAUCCCCAGUUCUUGGCUGAGGUGCUCUUCGCUGUCACCAGCAUGCUCAGCUUCACCCACCUGGCCUACAUCCUGCCGGCCCAUGAGUCGCUGGGCACUCUGCAGAUUUCCAUUGGCAAGAUGAUCAAUGACAUGAUCCGGUUUAUGUUAAUCUUCAUGAUCAUCCUGACCACCUUCCUCUGUGGCCUCAACAACAUCUAUGUGCCCUACCAGGAGACAGAGCGGCUGGGCAAUUUCAAUGAGAUGUUUCAGUUUCUGUUCUGGACCAUGUUCGGCAUGGAAGAGCACAGUGUGGGCGUGGUGGACAUGCCUCAGUUUCUGGUGCCCGAGUUUGUGGGCCAGGCCCUCUAUGGCAUCUUUACCAUCGUCAUGGUCAUUGUGCUGUUCAACAUGCUCAUUGCUAUGAUCACCAACUCCUUCCAGAAGAUCGAGGAUGAUGCUGACGUGGAGUGGAAGUUUGCUCGCUCCAAGCUCUAUCUGUCCUACUUCCGAGAGGGCCUGACAUUGCCUGUGCCCUUCAACAUCCUGCCCUCCCCGAAGGCUGUCUUCUACCUUCUCAGAAGGAGAAUUUGCCAGUUCAUUUGCUGUUGCUGUUCCUGCUGCAACACCAAGAAGCCAGACUAUCCCCCCAUCCCUACUUUUGCCAAUCCUGGGGCAGGGGCUGUGCCUGGGGAGGGAGAGCGUGGAUCCUACCGCCUUCGUGUCAUCAAGGCCCUGGUACAGCGCUACAUAGAGACUGCCCGGCGCGAAUUCGAGGAGACCCGGCGGAAAGACCCGGGCAACAGACUCACAGAGCUGACCAAGACCAUAUCUCGACUGCAAAGCGAGGUAGCUGGUGUGUGGUGAACUCUGGCAGAGGGAGGGACACCCCGGCCUCCCAAUGGUGCCAGCGUCCUCAGUCACUCCAUCACCUGAGUGCACAACAGCUUCCAGAACCUGGGGCCUCCCAUCCCUGAAACCCCAGAGCUGACAGGGCCUGGGAUUGUGGGGACCCAGGAAUCAUCAGGAACCGGGCUUCAGGACACUGGAGGGGUGAGGACUCUGGCUUUUGGAGAGUCUGGCCCCUGCUCCCCAGCUCAUGUGCUAGUGCAUAGGGAGCAGGAAGCAGAGGGGGCUGGGGACCUGCCCCAGGGGGAGGAUUCGGGGACUGAGAGGAGGUCCUGAUAUAGCGGAAGAGUCCCUUCUUCUGUUGCUGAGCACA